AUGCCUGCCCACCUCUACGCCGAGCAGCAAUGCGACCACCAGGUACAAGUAACAAGUACAUACCGUCGCAUGUGCAACCUGCCAUUGAUCCUAGCAGCACCCGGGCAUCUAGUUACCCUUACGUUUUUAGCAACACGGGAUGACGAGACCUUGUUCCCAAGUCACACUCUGGAUCUUGAGCCUCCGAUUCGAUCCACUCACAGACAAGACCCUCUCCUCCAUGCCAGCCAGACCCAUGCCUGGAGAGUCUCCUCGGGCACAACCGAGCCGGUAGCGCGCCUCAAGAUGGUCCCCUAUGGUGGCAGUGUCAUUCUGCGCCGUCACACACCAACCUUGGCUUUCAAAGGAUCCCGGACACCACUGGGCUCUGUGUGGCGAAACGAGGCAACGAGCGCACAGUUGGGCUUCAUCUAUUCGUCUGUUGUUAUAAUACCAAAGCCCACUCGCCGGGAAGGCCCGCCAUUCCCGCAGUCACGCCGACCGCCACGCCUUCUUGCUAUCGCAUUAUUCACAUUGGACGGCGGUACGGGGGGGCCAAAGGGGCGCAAAAGAUAUGGCAGCACAGGCGUAACGGGACCUCGUGGUCCAUCGUCGGCCAAACGCAUUAUGCGAUUUACAGCGUACGAUGUUUUUGCGAUGCUGUACUCGGAUAUGCAAGGACACAGCGCUUACCCCGUAAACUGA